AUGCACGCCUGCCUGUGGAUCCCAGAGAUGUUGAAAGCCAUAUUCGCGGAACUGGUGCCGGUCACAGAGAGCGGUGUCCAACCAUCAUUUGCCACUCUGUACCACCUGGCAUUGACGUGUCGAGCUUUCCGAGAGCUAGCACUGGACGCCCUGUGGGCGCAUAUUCAAACACCAGAUAUGCUUGUCAUGUGGCUGCCUCAGGAUGCUCGUUCUCAACCCGUAACACUCACCGCGAGGGGUCGCACUAUGUUAGAUAUCUCUGGACACAGUCUGCGGCUUCUCCGACCCUUGGUCGACGACGAUUGGGCUGCUUUUCAAAAGUAUGCGUGUCGCGUGCGCUCACUCACUUUUGAAAAAUAUGAUGACUGUAAAACUCGUAAGCUGCACGAUAGCGCUGCGCUUGCUCUCCUGGGCUCUCCUGCUUUACCAUUCUCCCCGUUUCCUCGGCUUCGCGAGCUGUACUGGAAUGACCAGCGCGAUGUGCUUCUGCCUUGCCUCCAGCGCUGCAUUUCCAACUCUCUCACUCGACUGGUCAUUCAUUCGGAGCUUUGGCCAUCAGCAAUGGUCGAUCUCGUCGCAGGCCUGGGAAGGGCUUGUCCCAUGAUCAAAGAAUUUCGUUGUUCGAUGCCGCCCGCCAGUGCAUGUGCCAUGCUUUCUGAUAUCGUCACCUGUUGGGAUGAUUUGGAGAUCUUAGAGAUGGGAGCAGUGAAUGCGCAGGCAUUGCAGCAUCUUGCGUCCCUGAAGAAGCUGAGAGAGCUGGAGAUGCUCGUGCCAGAAGGUCACAGCCUGGACGUGGACCCGACAUCGACGUUCAGCGUCAUGUUUUCGUUGGACGAGUUCAGUAUAACUGCUGCGAGGAUCGAACUACUGGUCGCUUUUUUGGCACCCUUGAAAAUUUCUGCGAAGAGCGCGAAUCUGCGAAUCAACACAGCUUCGAAUGCGGGUGGUCUCGACCAACUACUUUCCUCCCUUACUGAGUAUUUCCAACCCAAUGUUUUAAAAUCAUUGUGUGUUUGGGUGAAUCGCCCCACUGAUUUCGACAAUCACUCCCUUUUCGAACUGAGUGCUUCCGCCUUUCGAAAUAUCCGGACUUUUAAAGGACUCACCAAUCUCGAUCUCGGUUCAAUGCAUGUCUCUAUCACCGACGACGAAGCUCUAGACCUUGUUGCCGCUUGGCCGCAAAUGGAAUGUCUUUACCUUGACUCAGCCUGGGACUGGGGAGUUUCUUUCUUGGGUGUGACAUUUGGUGGGCUUGCGGGUAUCCUCGAGCGCUGUCCAAAUUUGCGCUCCCUAGGGGUCAACCUAGACACCUUUCCCCCCUACGACUCACUUGUCCACGUCGAUAACCAAUAUACUGGCAUCACCAGGGAGGAAUUCACUGACCUCAGUGUUGGGCAUGCGGCAUGCGAAGAUGUUGAGGCCAUUGGCAACCUGCUAGCUGGGAUGUUUCCCAACUUGACCCAGAUCUAUCAUACCCCCAGCCAACGGCCUGGCUCUGUCCUGGAUUCCAUGAUCAACUCUGUUGACCCGAGCGAGCCUGCUUCACCAGGCAGCUCUCAGGCCCACAUCCCGAGCCAGCCUGAGAUGGUCGGCAAACAAUCCUCACAAUCCUCACCUCGCAGAUUUCGGGAAGUUAUCAACGAGUUCGCCGCUUCCCUAACACUGAGUCUAGUGCUCGAGAAUAAGGGUAAUGUUGCUCGUGAUCAUCUUGCAUCAGAGCGAACCUAUCUUGCCUACGUUCGCACCAGUCUCGCAUGUGCAAGUGCUGGAGUAGCCCUUGUACAGCUGUUCACGCUUUCCAAUUCUACAGAUGCAAAUACCCAUGGUCAAGGAGAUAUUGUUCCACAGCGUUUUGCUCGGCCACUUGGCGCCACAGUGGUGCUUUUGGUCGUAGGCCUCGUACGCUACUUCAUGACCCAGGCGGCCCUCGUACGAGGUUUCUUCCCGGUGGCACGCAAUUCCAUUGCUGCCCUGGCAUUUGCCCUUGGGGCCGUUGUUGGCAUCGUUUUUGGGGUAUUAGUUGCUGAAACUCGGAGCUAA